AUGCGCAAACCUCCAGGAGGGGUGGAGCCAGCAGAGAUCAGAUUCUCUCUACAGAGACCUCCACAGCACACAGGUCCAGACAUGGCUCCUACAACCACUGCAGCAAUGACCAACUCUCAGGAGCAUCUCACUUUGACCCACAAGCUCAGAAAACCUCUGGUGGAGAAGUUACGCAGAGAGCGAAUCAACAACAGCAUUGAGCAGCUCAAGUCUCUCCUGGGUCCAGAGUUCCUCAAACAGCAGCCAGACUCCAAGCUGGAGAAAGCAGACAUCCUGGAGAUGACAGUUUGUGUCCUGAGACGACUGCAGCAGCAGAAUCAAGCUGUGGACUCAGCAGCUGUCAAUCAGGGCUACUCCAGGUGUGUCCAAGAGGUGACACACUUCCUGUCCAAAGAGCAGAUAAAGACACAGUCCCAGAGAAGACUGCUGAACCACUUCAACAAGCUGCAGUCUUCCUCUAAUUACAACCUGAGAGAGGCUGACUUCUCUCCUCUGAGCUCCACAGUCCAGACCAGCAUCACCACAGACAAGAGUCCAGUCAACAGCGCCCUCUGGAGGCCGUGGUAGACACCUACAGACUGGAGUUACUAUCAGACAAACUGAGACCACCAUAUUGGUCAAAAGUUCAGAAAAAUGAUUCUGUAAUAGAACAAAGUGUUUAAAUUCAUCUCAUGGUGAUAUUUGACUGAAAUUACAAUUUACUUUUGUUUUUAAAAGAAGUUAAAUCUUAAUUUUGUGAAAAUAUUGAUUGAAAUUGUAUUCUAUGAAUACUAUAUUUUCUCUUAUUGAUUUAUCAAUAUAAUUAAGAAUUGUCACACCUAUGUCUUCUGUAUAAAGACUGAUACAGUGAUUUAUUCCAGCUACUUUCUUGUAGCACUUUUACCUUUUUGUGGUGUUUUAUUGACUUUUUACUGUGUAAAAGAUUAUUGACCCAUGAUGGGUCUUGAAGUAAUUUGUUCUUUCAUCAACAUAUUCUGUUGCAUCAACAGAAAAAAAGAUCUGAAAGUUAUUUUCUCUCAUUGUUGGAGACUUAACUGACUCUAUUUAGCUUGAACUGAACGAUUCUCUGCCUUUUGUAAAGACACUGAAGCUGUUAACUCUUUGUGAGUAUAUUGUUUUUGCUGUGAUGCAUCAUCACCACUCGUGCCUCUAUGAUGUGACUCGUUCAAUAUUUUGAAUAAAAAAAAACAUCAACUGAA